ACCCAAGGCUGGAAAGCCACCUCGAAAAAUAGUUGCAGUGGCUUCAUGGCUUCGUCCCAACGUGAGCUUGACAGCAAUCCAGCACCGUGAAGAUUGCUUUUUUAUCUAGCGGGGGCAAAAAAUGGGUGAAUGGCUUGAUCAAACCGACUAGAGUGGAUAAUACAAAAUAAAUCGAAAUGGCGUGCUCUCAACUGGGGCUAUCCCGAGACAAUUAAGCGAAGGCAUGUACUCGCAAGAGGUGGUGCAGAUUGGCCCGGCAUGGAGAUAACCUUCUUGACAGAAUUUAUAAGUACUGCACCGGCUGCUUUUCGUAUUCAGGCUGAGCAACCACCCCCUUGGUGCAAUCAUCAGGAUGCCAUCACCUCAAUCGCAAUCGCGAGCCGGCAACUUGAUUGCCAAGGUCCUUUGCAUUAAGACUGAUUAUCGGGACGAACCAACGGAUGGUAUCACCAGAGGGGAAUCCGUCCUCUCCGACUCCACUAUACAAACCUUCAUCGAGGAAGACCCGACGUCGAUAGAUUGGAUCCGUGAUGUUCUUCCUGGCCGAGAUACUGCUAAGCGAUAUGUAAAAGAACUCUUCCCUUUCUUAAACUGGAUCACUCGUUACAAUUCCCAAUGGUUCAUCGGAGAUCUUGUUGCAGGUAAGCAUCUGUGUGUGAAUCUUACGAAGCUUGGCUUGAAGCUUACUUUCUUCAGGUCUCACGGUGGGUGCUGUAGUCGUCCCUCAAGGGAUGGCUUAUGCCAUUCUCGCCAAGCUGCCACCUGAAUAUGGACUCUACACAUCGUUUAUGGGGUUUUUACUGUACUGGGCUUUUGCUACUUCCAAGGACAUCACAAUCGGGGUAAACCUCACCCAACUCCCAGUGUUACCCGAGCGGAGGGCUAAUAAUUCUGUUAGACUGUUGCUGUUAUGUCAACUCUAGUAGGAAACAUCAUCAUCAAAGUCCAAGCUGAACAUCCCAAUAUUUCGGCCGAGGAAAUUGCUAGGACUUUGGCUGUCGUUUCGGGAUGCAUUGUCCUCUUCAUUGGUCUCGCAAGAAUUGGAUGGAUUGUUGAAUUCAUUCCUCUGACUGCGAUCACGGCUUUUAUGACAGUAAGUAAACAACCUAUUCUGAUAUCGAAAGGCGUCUAAUCCUUUUAGGGAUCUGCCAUCAGUAUCGGCGUCGGUCAGCUACCUGCAAUGAUGGGCAUUCCAAAUAUCAACAACCGUAAAGCUGCAUACAAGGUUUUUAUCAACACAUUGAAGCACCUUGGCAAUUCACAUCUGGAUGCUGCUAUGGGCUUGUCAGCUUUAGUCAUGCUCUAUGGCAUUCGUGCAUUCUUCAACUUCAUGACGAAAAAACAGCCGCAGAGAAAGAAGAUGUGGUUCUUCCUUUCUACCCUCCGAAUCUCCUUCGUUAUGUUAUUGUAUAUCAUGAUUAGCUGGUUGGCAAACCGACAUGUCAAGGACGCAAAGAAAGCGAAAUUCAAGAUUCUAGGGAAGGUCCCAAGAGGUAACUUCAUCCAACCCCGUCUCCGUUUCCCUUAUCUCACGUUUUUACAACAGGAUUUCAGCACGUUGGAGCUCCUCAAAUGAACACGGAAACCAUAUCUGCCUUUCUACCUGAUCUCCCAGCCACUGUUAUCGUGCUCCUCAUCGAACACAUCGCUAUUUCCAAGUCCUUUGGAAGAAUUAACAACUAUACCAUCAAUCCUUCCCAGGAAUUGGUGGCUAUUGGGUUCACGAACAUUUUUGGUCCCUUCCUUGGUGCCUAUCCUGCGACCGGAUCAUUCUCCCGCACCGCCAUCAAAUCUAAAGCUGGAGUACGAACACCUCUCGCUGGUAUAUUCACAGCAAUUGUCGUUUUACUCGCUCUUUACGCUCUGACCGCAGUCUUCUUUUUCAUCCCGAUGAGCAGUCUCGCUGCUAUAAUCAUUCAUGCUGUAGGAGACUUGAUAACACCCCCAAACAUCGUCUACCAAUUCUGGCAGGUUUCUCCCCUCGAAGUUCCAGUCUUCUUUGCGGGCGUUUUGGUUACUAUUUUCACCAACAUCGAGAAUGGCAUUUACGUCACUAUCGCUCUCUCAGCAGCCAUUCUACUAUUCCGCGUGGCUAAAGCACAGGGUCGCUUCUUGGGUAGGAUUAAGGUCGCGUCGGUUCCAGCGAGCAGUUGGCCACAGGAUACAGGAAAGAACAGUCUCUACAGCGACUCCGACAAAGGACCGUCUGUGAACGCUAUACGAGACGUGUUCGUACCGCUUGAACAUCAAGAAGGCUCGAAUCCGAAUAUCGAGGCUCAAUCUCCAGCACCAGGAAUCUUCAUUUACCGAUUUAGCGAGGGGUUUAAUUAUCCGAACUCAGCCCAUUACAUGGAUUACUUUACCGAGUACAUUUUCAAACAAACUCGACGAACCACUCUUGACACUUACGGGAAACUUGGUGUAUGAAUUCUCUUUUCUUUUAUUCCUUGCAAACCCUUUGGUAUAAUGAUACUAACAAAACAAAGGACCGACCUUGGAAUGACCCUGGUCCCCGCCGCGGUCAACAAAUCAGCCUCGACGACCACAGGCCCAUCCUACGAGCCAUAAUCCUUGAUUUUUCUGCAGUAAACAACGUAGACGUUUCCUCGGUGCAAAAUCUAAUCGAUGUACGCAAUCAACUCGAUCGCUACGCCGCUCCCGAGAUCGUCACUUGGCAUAUCGCAUGUGUAAACAAUCGCUGGACAAAACGUGCCUUGGCAAGUGCUGGAUUCGGAUAUUCAAAGACGACGACAGCACAAGGGAAAUGGAAAUCGGUUAUUAGUGUUGCGGACUUGGACACUGGAAGUAACUUGGGCGGGGAAAGAGAGUUAAAGGGGGGCAAAGUUGAGGAUUUGGAAAUUGGUGAUGAUACCAUAACCAGUUCUGUGAAGAAAGGAUCUCUCACUACCAAGACUGGUACAGUUUUAGGCGUUGUAAGUUUCCCUUCGUUCACUAUAUUCAAUUUUCACUUGAAUUCUCUGCAUGAUACACGGAGGCUAAUUCACUGGUGUUGCAGAAUCGACCUUUCUUUUAUGUUGAUGUACAAAGUGCGGUGGAAAGUGCAAUGGCGAAUUAUGAGAGCGCAACUUUCAAGACCGCCUAAUUUGAUAAUAUCUUGCUUUCACUUCUAAUUCUACCGCUAGAAAUAAUGUAUUAACGCGCUCAAAAAGCC